CUUCACACAUUUUUCGUCUCCUCAGUCGACGCGUGAUCGUGCCUCGAAGAACAACUUUUUUCAUAUAUUUUUAUUGUUAAUAAUAAUUGCGAGGAAAUUAAAUUCCGUUGCAAAAGUUUUAAUUACAGAGCGACAGUGAAAGAGAGAAAUAUUCUCCAAGUCAAGUCCAUUAUAUAUUGUGUCAUAUUUUAAUUUGAUUGUUUAUUAUUUUUUCCUCACUUUCUUUUGUUGUGUCAUUUAUAAUUAAUUUGUUACUAAACUCCUUUAAUUAAAAUCCCUUUCAACAAUUUGUCGUCGAGUUACAAACAAAAAAAAAAGUUUAAAAAAAAUUAAUAAAAUAAUUUAAAAAAAAAUGUACAAGCCAAAAGCUGAAAACAACGCAGAUAACAAUGCUAGUCAGAGUAACGUUGAUAUGCAGCAGCAGGAUCCGCUUCAUUUUACCGAAGGCGAAUUUCGUCCCAAAUUGAAAACGGGCAGUUCGUACAUCAUGGAGGAGCACGAAUCGUUUGAAGCGAACACGACUUCGAUUAUUUUUUCGUUGGCGAAUCAAGGAGCGGGCGCCUUAUCGAAGGCUUUGAAGGUUUUUCGGCAAUGCGAAGUGGAUUUGGUGCACAUUGAGAGUCGUUCGUCGGAACGUCGACCCGGUUAUGAGUUCAUGGUUGAGUGUGACAGUAAAACCGGGCAAAUGGGCAAAGCCAUUGAGCAGUUGAAGGAAAUUAGCACGUAUUUUAACAUCAUUUCGCGCGAUUAUAAGGACAAUGCUGCUGCUGUUCCAUGGUUUCCUCGUCGUAUCCGCGAAUUGGACCGAUUUGCGAACCAAAUUUUGUCUUAUGGCUCCGAACUGGACUCCGAUCAUCCCGGAUUCACUGAUGAAACGUAUCGCGCUCGUCGUAAAUACUUCGCCGACAUCGCCUACAACUACCGACACGGGCAACCCUUGCCUCAUGUCGACUACACGGAAGAAGAAACCAAAACGUGGGGCGAAGUUUUCCGAAAUUUGACAAAAUUGUAUCCGACUCAUGCGUGUCGCGAGUUCAACCACGUGUUCCCGUUGCUCAUCGACAACUGUGGAUAUCGCGAAGACAACAUCCCGCAACUCGAGGACGUCUCAAACUUCCUUAAAGACUCGACAGGCUUCACUUUACGUCCCGUCGCCGGACUUUUGUCAUCCCGUGACUUCCUUGCUGGCUUGGCUUUUAGAGUUUUCCAUUCCACGCAGUACAUUCGUCACUCCUCGCGUCCCCUGUACACCCCAGAACCCGAUGUUUGUCACGAAUUGUUGGGACAUGCACCGCUAUUUGCGGAUCCAGCGUUCGCCCAGUUCUCGCAGGAAAUUGGAUUGGCUUCACUUGGCGCGCCAGAUGAUUAUAUCGAGAAAUUAGCAACCUGCUUUUGGUUCACCGUCGAAUUCGGAAUUUGCCGUCAAAAUGGCGAAAUGAAAGCCUAUGGAGCAGGUCUCUUGUCGUCUUUCGGCGAAUUGGAAUAUUGUUUGAGUGACAAACCAGAAUUCCGUGAAUUUGAUCCCGUUAAAACAGGAGAGCAAAAGUAUCCGAUUACCGAAUUUCAACCAGUUUAUUACGUCGCGGAGAGUUUUGAGGAUUCCAAGGAGAAAAUGAUCAAAUACGCCAACAACUGCAUCCCUCGUCCCUUCGGAGUUCGUUACAACCCUUACACGCAAAGUAUCGAAGUUUUGGACUCCAAACACCAACUCGGACAAUUGAUGCGAAAUAUCACGUUGGAAUUCGAUAUUUUACAAAAUGCAUUUAAUAAAUUAUAAGUUUUUUUGUUUUGUUUAAUA